GAGGAUACCAACUACGUUGCGCUCAGUCAUUACUGGGGCAAUACACAUACCUUUAUAACCACAAGUACCAAUCUUGCAAAAACAUACGAGGGCAUCCCCUGGUUGGAGCUACCAAAGACUUUCCAGGAUGCCGUGAUCAUAAACCGACGAUUGGGCAUUCGUUACUUGUGGAUCGAUUCUUUGUGUAUUCUCCAAGAUUCAGAAAGUGAUUGGCAUUUUGAAUCCGCUCGAAUGGGCGAGAUAUACACAAACUCAUAUAUAACCAGCGCCGCGUCUCUUGCUCCAAAUGGUGGAACUGGGAUAUUCCAUUCCCGGUCCGGGGAAACCUACAAAUUUGAGAACGGUGUUACAGUCAAACUAUCUCUUGCAAGUAGCCAUCUAGACCCCCCAAGACCAUUGACCCUUUACUCACACGCUCAUGGGCUUUUCAAGAGCGGAUCCUACAAGCUCAUGUGCUAUCGUACGGCUCAGAAGAGCUGA